UGUCACAUGUAUCUGACUCUACACUCGUAGAGAACGCUGCGCAAGGGUGGUAUUGAAUACUUUCACCCUAACAACUCUCUCAAUCUUCUAAAAUACGACUCAGUUUUAAACGGUGUCACUGCAGAUAGUCCAUAUACACAGCUGAUGGCUCAAUAGCUAGUAAGCGACUCUUUAAGUAUUCAGUGGCAAGGGUGUAUAUAUUAUACUACUAACAUCAGAUCACAAUGAGCACGGACAUAUUGACUCCUUUGCAAGGAGCGUUCGACCGAGACAAGUUCGGGGUAUCUGUCCAGAGCAUGGCAUUUCAAAGCGCAUGUCAGGAUUGCGGACAAUUAUCAUACUCGCCCUUGACGGAGAUGUCUAGUAAAACCUUGUGUCUAUGCUCGUCCGAAAAGAAACGGCCUAAGAAACGCAGCGUUUUUAAGCCAAAAUUACAGACUAGUAUAAAAAAGGGCGAGGUCACCACAGUGGCACAGACUGACGGCCAGACCAGCGCCAAGCAUGGCGUGGUAAGACCACAAUUUGCCUCCCUGAGAGUCGAGGUAUUGAGCGAGAGUGUGGAUAUGAGUGAGAGCGUUGAUAGUUUAGCAAAUUUUAGCAACGAGACCCGUGAUAAUUUGGGACGGAGAAACGAAUCAGUACAAGACAUUACGAAGGCAACGUAUCAUUAUAGCCCAGAUUCCAAGGUUGAACCAGAUCAUAUGGUUGAGAAACACCCGCAAGGCUAUACGCGUUGCAGGGAAAGUAGCGAAUACAGUCAUACAGGGGACCUGCUUGAACGCAAGAAAGGGAUCCUGAGUGACUCGGGUAGCAAUAGCAGACAUUUAUUAGGCUUACCCGUAGACCACAAAUAUGCAGAUGGGAGUUCAGCAUCGCGGAGUGGGGAUGCCGUUUGUACCACAGAUGAGGUAUUGAAACCUCAACAGGCAGAGAUUCCGCGAACAAGGAGGGAGGAGGUUGCAUAUAAUGCAGAUGAUAAUACGAUGCAGCGGGAUACCCAAACCCCAACUAGACCAGUUCCGAGGGUGCUAAAUAAGAGAAAGAGCAAACAUAGGCGAACACGGUCAGCUUUUGCACCGAUGUCAUUGGCCGAAACUCAGUCAGAAAAGUACAAAAGCAGCAAGGUCUCGCGGAGGGUGAGUUUUGAUCCUUCCGAAUAUAAGUACUCCACAUACAGUAAGACGCACUAUACCCGCGGGUUUGAUGCCUACAGCUACUACAGAAAUAUGGGCUUUGCGGAGAAGAUGCAGGUUAUGCAGGAAAUCAGAGCCGUGAAACCCGGGGCGCAGUAUGAGACCCUCAAGUACCUCGGCAUGUUUAUGCUCGUUGUGGCUGUGCUAUGCGUACAAAAUUAUGUCAUUCCGGCGCUAGUCGCUUAGAUAUCUCCGCUUAAGUGUGCACAGUCCGGGUUUGUCCAGGGCGAAGUAGUUUUAUCGGCGAAAUAGUGUGCCAGAAAGCCGAGUUGUCUCAGACAUCCAACUGGGAAGCGUGGACCCAAACAUUUGAUCUAUCAUAGGCUACCUUUCGACAUCAUUCGAUUCAUUUUGUGCAUCAUGUGUAUAGUUUAUCGAUCUACGUCAGUAUUACGGCCCCCAAUCCAAAACGAGUAGAAACGCAACAAACCCGCAGCCAUCGAUAAUGGCUCCCAAAUGAUGUAGUGAUCCGGCUUCCCACUGCAAGAACAAGUUUCUAAAUCCAUGUGCUUAAGACUUCACACACAUACACAUUUAUUUAAUUCGCAAAUAAACUCCGACACUCAACUUUAUACUCA